AUGGCAAUGAAAUUUCAAGUUUUGCUCUGCGUGUUUGCAUUAUUCCAGCUGUCUGUCGGUAAGUAAAAAUUGUAUCAAUUUGUACUGAAAUAAUUAAGUUUUAUGUUAACCGCAUUUUCCUCAACAAGUGGCGUGCGAAGGCAUUCAAUAAGUCGACAUACGUGUGCAAUAACAGUUCCCUCCCUUUUUGGCGCAUUUCUGCCAGUUCUAUCGCCACUACAGCACUUCUCUCCUUUUACCAAGAGAAGUCUGAGAAGAUUUCCCCUUCCGGUUUGCUAUAAUCUGGAAGUCCAAAAAUCUGAGGGCCGCGGUGGCGACAAUCUUGUACACAUAGCCAUCGUUUGCUCUGGGUAUACGAGAUUGCGGUGGAGAGAGGUCAGUACCAGUGGGCUAAACAGAUCACGUCAAAAACCCAAAGUGCCUGUUAACCAGAGUCGCACGUCGGGUCUUUAAAAUUGAAGCCAUUUGAGUGUGGGUAUAGGCAGUAGACUAGGCGAACUUUUGAAGUCAAAGCGAGGGAACUGCGAUUAAAUUGUCUAACCUUGAUAUCCCUUUACCUGAUAUUUAUAACUUAUAUCCACAUGUGCAUAUUUAUUUUACAUGUUGUUUCUUCCCUCUAGGCCUCUCCAUGGAAAGUCUGAAUGAGGUGGAACAGAGUCCUGAACGAGAGAAGAAGAAUGUCCCGGAAGGCUGUAAGUGAAAUCUUUCAUUUUAUGCCCCAUGCACAUGGUGGCUGUCGUCUUCACUAAGGACUUUAAGAUACUGACUAUACACCACAGAAUACAGUUAGACGUUUGCGCAUGCACUGUGUCGGGUACGGUGAUCGUCUCCCGCGCGCGACUAGAACAGCACGACUGACUAGGACAGCACGCCACGGCUGGAACAGCACGACUAGAAAAGCAUGCAACACGAUUUGACCAGCACUACUGCAGUUACGGUUGGAAAGGUUUUGUAGUCCUUAUACAGGGUGUCUCAAAAAAACCCAAAAUCAUUGAAAUUGACGUAUUGUUCGAUAUUCAAUGCCCUAGCACUAAGUUAAUCCCACGAGUGCAUAAAAGAUUGACAUAACUGCUAUAAUGAAUGGUAAUACUCAGCGUAAACUUGUUAUGUCAGGCAUAAAGUACUAAACCCACGAAUGCAUAUUACGCAUAUUACAAUUUACGAAGCAUUUUUAAAUUCCCAUGAGCAAACAAACGUUCACUUUACAAAGAUAUUUUAAAACAACCCAAAAUCAUUGAAAUAACGUAUUGUUCGAAUUUCAAUGCCGUAACACAAAGGAUUUUGACAGGGUGAUUAAUUUGUUUUAAAAAAUUAAAAUAUCUUUGUAAAGUGAACGUUUGUUUGCUCAUGGGAAUUUAAAAAUGCUUCGUAAAUUGUAAUAUGCGUAAUAUGCAUUCGUGGGUUUGGUACUUUAUGCCUGACAUAACAAGUUUACGCUGAGUAUUACCAUUCAUUAUAGCAGUUAUGUCAAUCUUUUAUGCACUCGUGGGAUUAACUUAGUGCUAGGGCAUUGAAUAUCGAACAAUACGUCAAUUUCAAUGAUUUUGGGUUUUUUUGAGACACCCUGUAGUACAAGUCAGAAGUCCCAUUACCUUUGACUUGCAAGAAUUAUUCGACCGGCGAUACUCAGAGUAACAUCAGCAAAAAAUUAAACCCCUGAGUUCAACACGAGUUUCACCACAACCACCAGACGUUCUAUCGUUCAUGUUAAGAGAGUGUUCAAUGGUUAGAAUUCAUGUUUACUUUUGAUCCGGUUUCCUAUUUUCAUCACAGCUUGCCAGUCUCAUCCCAAACUCUGGCACAAGCCUGGAACGUCGGUGCGAUGUAGUUGUAUGAAAUGGUAAGUAUCUUCUCAAAGUUUCCGCAUGGACAUUCUAUCUCUGAGACACAGGUUCCGCCUUCAUUCCGCCUCAUUUAUAUUUAAACCGAUGAUUGCAUUCCAACAAGCCGUAGCCGUAGGUAGUCUAAUACGAUGACAGAGUACUUUUGCAAAGAAUUGGAAAUCGUAUAGACAAUAAUAUUGCAUUGGAAUUUCAAUAUAUCUUUUGUUUCUAUCAAGACUGUAAGAAGAAGUAAUAUAUAUUUCAGUAUCAGUUUCUCAAAUCAUUCCAUGCUAAUAGUCACAUCGAGAGUUACCAUCGUGUGUACCAUUCAUUUGCCCAUUGUACAAAGCUUAAAUAACGAUCACGAUCUCAUUCUUACCUUAGAGGGUUAAUAGACUUAAUAGGUAAAUGCAAAGAUAAAUCAGGGGAACUAUUUUAUUUUAAUUUCCUUUUAAUUAAUUAAAUUUAGUUCACGCUUAUAAUUAGAGGUUAUCUUCUUUUUAUUUUUCCUUGUGCCUGUUGCACACAUGUGUUGCAGUGAGAUGCUUUUGCUGAACUAGCAAAGCUCAGUCAUACGUGUAAAUACUACGGCCAAUACAAAAAGAGUGAACUUAUGUGAAUGUUAUAUGUUAUAUUUGUGUAGUACUUGCGCCGGGGGAAAAUGGAAUUGUGCAUAUGCGUUUGAAUAUUGUCCAUACUACAGUAAGUAAUUGACACUUUAGAGGCACCUUGGAGUGGGGGGUUAAUGGAGACGGUUCUAAGUGAGUAUUUUUGCACAAGUGAACAUAACAAAUCCUACACGUUGAUUGGUCAAAUUUGACGUAAUAAGCUGUAUAUUCACCUACAGGUGAAUAUAACAAAAAACGGAAAUUUUCAAAAUGGCGGCUACCCGUUUUGUGGAAGUUUACUGACAAAGAAAUAAGCGAAAUUAAAAUAAAUUCAGUCUCAAGAAACACAAAAGCUUGUGUAAAAAUACUAAAACAAUUAUUCGCCUCUGGCUCGGUGAUUAUCGGGGAAUAUUCACCUCGUCUUCGUCUCGGCGAAUAUUCCCCGAUAAGCACCUCGCCUUCGGCGAAUAAUUGUUACAUAUUGACCCGAGGGGCCGCAGGGCCCGAGGGCAAAUAUAUGACUCGUAUCCCAAGUUCGAGGUUUAUAACCGACUUAUUUUCUAGUUGAGAAAGUUUUCGAACAAGAUUCCAUUAAUUUCAAAGACUAUCCAUAAAGAUUUUUCGAGUUUUGUCGACAAAUUUAAUCUAAUUAUUUAUUCACGGGUUAUAACCUGUAUUCAUCACGCGGUACAUCAAAGAAAACCGACUCAACUAGAAAAUCACAACAAUUAUAUACUUUUAUAUCGUUUUUAAACCUACAAAAAGGUGGAGUCGUACUCGAAAUGUUGUAAUUUAAUAAAAUGAUUAUUUUCUAAGCCUGUGGUCUGAUUUACUGACACGCUUUAUUAAUUAUGAAAUCAUUGCAUUAUUUGUGAUAAGCACUUUAGUGAAAAGCAAGCUUAAAAACGACGGUCUAACUUAUCGUAUUUUAAACUUUCUGUAGCUUGUGGCAGCGUACAGUACUCUCCAAAUACCGAACUCUGCUGCUGUGGCAAAGUGUAUACAAAGAAAAGCAACUAUUUCUGCUGUGGCUAUUCCUACUACGACACUCGAACCUCCAAAUGCUGCAACUACUACACAGUUUUACCGAAGGCUUCUAACUGCCCAAGAUUCAAAAUCUAAGUUUGCCUCGACUAUCUUCAUGGGUGGAAUGAUCUUUUUCGGACCGCUGAAGGGGGAACAUUAAAAAAUUCUUUUGAGUUAUCAAUAGUUCAACAUUGUACUUUAAUUAUAUCAAUAUCAAACUGAAUGUCUAUUUUAUUAAUUGGAUAUAAAUAAAUGUGUAAAAUCCAACAUUCUUCUUUUAUUGUGUCUAGGUUUACUGCACUCUAUUUCAGUGUAGGUUGGAAUGGUUAGGGUGAAUAUCUGGGUUACAUUUAACUCAUUUUGGAUUUUUUCGUCUUUCCUCUUGUGCCCGAAAGCCGAGAGAGGCUUAGUUAAACCUCUCGUGGCUUGAGGGACAUUUCAUCACUAACCGACGGCCGUGAUGCCAUGCUAUCACUUUGUAAUAUCAUAGCUACUGAGACAAUAAAACGGUUUCAUUCGAUUGAAUAAGUUGAAAUGAAAAGGCGCGUUUGCUUUUUGAUACUAAUGACUAUUGUCUUAUUGGGAUGCUCGUUAAUGAGGUUACGGUUGAUUUUUCAUGUCUGUUAAAUAUGUAAUAUGUAUGCAUAAAGCCGGUUUUCCACUAGGCGGAAUUUUGCGCGCGGAGCGGAAUUUUUCUUUGUCUUUUCUAAUUAGUUCCACCUGAGGAAUCACAAGACAAAGAAAAAUUCCGCUCCGCGCGCAAAAUUCCGCCUAGUGGAAAACCGGCUUAAGAGGUUAAUAUGCAUAAAGACCUUCUAAGCAUUUCGGAUUAGAAUUCAGCCUUUUUUGAGCACUUGCUGUUUGGCCGCCAUAUUGGUGUACCAAAUUGCACAGAAUUUGUAAGACAAACUGCUAUAUAAAUACCCAAUAUAAGUAUAGGUCAUAAACAUACGCCCUCUUCACCCUUACUUUUCAUGCCAAUAAGGAGCUGUUCGUGUUAGCCCGGCUGGCUGGGAUGAAAUCUCGAUUGAAAUCAAACUAAGCUAAUUCAACCUUGAAAUGUUAUUUUGGAUGUUUAUCAAAAGUCGUGUUAAGAGCUUUAUUGACCGGGCCAGCCCAGCUCCAUAUGAACAGCCCCGAUGUAUAAGAACCACUCCAGUCCAUGGUUUCUUCAUGAGGUCUGCAUGUUACUUCAUGUAUCACAGCAUGCUCAGGGCCGUAGCGAAGAGGCCAAGGUUGGGGGGUGUAGUAUCGCAUUUUCAGACAACAUUUCAGUCGCUAAGUUAUUAAUAUUUCUUUUCCCAAAAUUGUUGGCGGGAGGGGGAGGGAGGUAAAACAUUUUCCACACAUACCAUUUUUCACUAACCCCCAACUAAUGUACCGUCAUUUCUUAAAUUUUUCGGUAAUUGAUUUUCGUAAAUUUAUCAAAAUUUCGGCUAGUGCAAUUUUCUAAAAUUUGGGUGUGCCGCCCCCCCCAAUAGCCCCCCACGCUACGGCCCUGAGCGUGCUGUUCCACCAUAAGCUGCGACGUAAAUUAUACCAUGCAGGGGAAAACCGAAGCGUAUUUCCGCUGUUCUUAGUUUUCACCAUAGCGGCCGUGUUGGAGGAACACCAUCUAUCUCGAAUCUCAUUUAUAACAGCUAUUGUAUUUGAAGCGUGUUUUCCUCCAACAUACAUGCAUGGCCGCCAUAUCUUUGUCGUAUAUAUCUCAAGGGAUUGUUUUUGUAAUGUAUUUGUAGUACUUAUAAUGUUGUUCCGAUACAACUGCAUGUGCAUAAAAUUAAAUAGGGGAAACGCAUUGAAACAAUCUGUCUGUGUAUGAAAUUAAAUAUAUAGGGGAAACGCAUUCAAAUAAUCUGUCUGUACAUGAAAUUAAAUAUAUAGAGGGGAAACGACAAUGCACUUGAAAUAAAUUGUCCAAGGACAAGAACCACAACACUUCUUACGCAUAUUCAAAGGGAAAAUGAUCAUGAAGCGUGGCAGGCGAUCAAAGGUCGGGCCUUUGUAUAAAGUGCGCGGAACUAACGAAUGGAAUGCACGCUGUUUACAAGUGGAUUUGACCGCGACGUUUUGCAUAAAAUUAAAUAGGAGAGCGUUUCCCCUAUUCAACUAUUGCCGACCUGAUAUUUUCAUGCUUUCCUUGCGUUUAAUUUCCGCUUUAAUUUACAUACAAUGCAACGCCCAAAACUGACUUGAUUGGCUGAUUCGAAUAGUGUUAGUUAUUGUCGCUGAUCGUGGUGGCUGGAACACUGAACAAGAUCGAAGAAGAAGAAUCGGGGGGACGCAAAUGAAAUUUCGAGCUUCGUUUUGCUUUGCGCUUGGGAUUUUCCUAACCACGACUAACGGUAAGUCAAAAGUAUGUUCAUCUUUCAUGAUUCGUAUUUGUUCCUAAAAUGCUUCAGUAUUAUGCCAUGACUGAAGAUAUGACAUUAGUGUCCCACCAAUUUUGAAAUUGUCUGUGUUAAAUGUCAAUGGCAUUCGUGUCCUCCGUUGUUCAGCCUUAAUUGUAGAUAAAAUAUGUCGCAAACACUGAUUACUUUUGAAGUUUUGGCGUUUACGGAAGCCAAUCACAAAACAUGUUCAUUUUAUGUACUCGUGUUUACUGCAUACAUGCGUGUCGUAAAAUUCUGCAGAAUUUGCGCCAACGGAAUAGUCAAAAUUAGAGAUCCACAAUGGACUUUAGUACUUAUAGUUUUUAUAUUCGUUAGAAAUUUACUAUGGAUUCAUAUUUAUUUUGCACUCUGCGAUGCUUUUCAUUUGCAGGUUUCGCCAUAGAAAAGUCUGAUGCCGCUACGGAAUUUGAAUCGGUGACUGUGGUAACACAAAGUGAUAUUCGUGAAGAAGAACAGAAGAAAAUCCAGGCUGGCUGUACGUUGAAUCCAAGUCGGCGUCUUCAGUUAUGCACGCUAUUCAGGCUCCUUCAUUGCGAAGGCGUUGAGGGGUUGAAGUGUUGAGCUUGUCGAGAUGUAAAUUUCGAAUCCAAAAAUGAGGAGUGAUUGGAAUGCAUGAACGCCGUAAUCACAAAAGGGCUGGGAGACAGCUUCUCGUGAAGAGUACUUUCAUUAAUAUAUUAAUAACUUUCUAAAUCUUAGCAGAAGUCUUGCAGGAAAAUCAAGUCCUACAUUCUAUACUAGUAUUUGCUCGUGUGUGUAGGCUAUAUAUACGUAUAUGCUGUUGCCCUGAAUCAAAAGGACACCUCUGUCUCUUGCCCUUUGUUGGCAAUAAGCAAGAGGUGCAGGCACUCCUUCUACUUUUCACUUCUGCUCUCCAUGCAUGAGAUUUGCAGUCUGAGCAAUGAGUUCCGAUGGAUUUGAGGCGAAGUCCAUCGGGCAACCCCCAAUAACCACACCCUAGGCGUUUGUCCCUCGCCCAUUCAGUAAUAGCUUUUUAGCUUGACUCACAUUUAUACACAUAGUAGCUUUAUGCAUAUAUUACCCUAAUUACCCCUGGUAAUUCUAUACUGUAGAUUGCCAUUGGGAGCACAAUGUCUGGCACAAGCCUGAAGAAUCAGUACAGUGCAACUGUUUGAACUGGUUAGUAUAGAACUUUUUUCCCUUCCCAAUUGGCUGUUCCGGACAGCGGGGUUCUACUUUAGAGUAAUACUAUACUUGUCUACUAUUAGAUCUGUGAGUAAUACUUGUGUUAUAUUCUUCAUAGUACUUGCGCCGAUGAAGGAAAAUGGAGUUGUGAAUAUUCGUUUGAAUAUUGUCCAUACUAUUGUAAGUUUAAACGCAUGUGACCAUUGUAGUGUGAUUAUAUCCUCCUCCGAAGGCUUCAAAUAAAUUACCUGGGUUAUUGAAGCUUGAUUUGGAAAUUAUUUUGCUCGCAACUAAAUUCUGCCUGCCCAUCUAAGGCAAUGCAUGCAGGCGGAGUGGGGGGGGGGGGGGGGGGGAGCUAGUGUGAUCAGCAAUAUCGAUUUCGAUGAUUUCGCCCCCAUCACGAUUCAAUGUUGAUUGGAUGAAACAUGUACUUGGGUUAUGUGGCUAUAUCAAAUACUGGCAACAUUGGAAUGGGAGUUACAUCAAAGUAAAUCCAUGAUUUAAUGGCUACAGAAUACAUUUUUCUGGUAUGAAUAUUACACUGGGUCUCAACCAGUUUUGUCCAAGAUUGUAGCGGUCCGUGUCAAGCCAAUUGUUCCAUAUACUCAGACAGUAUUGAGAACUGGGCUGUCGAUACUUUACUGGGCCGGGGAGAGCAAUUCAAUAAUAACUAGAAAAACCUAACCGUAUAUAUAUUUUUAACUUUGUACAGAUUGUGACAAGGAACUGUACAGUCCAAAGGAUGAAUUAUGCUGCUGUAAUAAAUUGCAUGUCAAGAUAACCAAUUACGCCUGCUGUGGCUCUUUUUACUACAACCCUCAAACCUCCAAAUGUUGUGAUGAUUACCGUGAUUACUCCGUUAAACCAAAGAGUGCUGAUUGCUCAAAAUCCCGCAGAAAUAAAUUAUUCGGAAGCGAAUCUACCCUAAAGAUUUCUAAGUAAUUUACACAGUUAUAAACGUUAUACGAAAAACACAAACAGAAAAACGACCAAGAACACUAACACUAACACUAACAUAAUGUUAGUCAAUUAGGUUAGCGACCUG